AUGACGGUGGAUGAGGAAGAAGUGGCCAGCACCGAAGAUACUGGAGAGGUGGACGUUGUCGAAGAGAAUCAGCGGCUGAGGGAUGAGAUCUUGGACCUGAAAUCACAGCUAGAGCUAUUGAAAGACCAAAACACGAUCCUCGAAGCUCAGCUUGAACGGCAGCGUUUUACGGCACGGCAGUUCACAUCGGACAAAAACAUUCGCUGGUAUACUGGGUUCAGAACAUUCGGACAGUUUGAGGAGAUGUUCAAACUUGUUUUGUCCACCCGUUCUGCCACCCAAGCAAGAGGUACUGCACCAAUCCUUCCACUGGAAGACUGCUUUUUUAUUGCAAUGGUGAAGGUGUGGAAGGAUUAUCCGGAAGAGGAGCUGGCACGGCUAACUGGUGUCUCCCAACCAACAAUAUCCAGGAUUAUCCGCCAUUGGAUUCCGUUGACUGCCAAUGCACUUCGCCAAAUCCCGAUCUUCCCGAGCAGAUCCCAAGUGGAUGAGCUAAUGUCACUGUCGUUCCGCGAAAUGUAUCCACGGACACGGAUUAUCAUCGAUGCGUUGGAGAUUCCGAUAGAAAAGCCAAAGAACCCCACCACUCAAGCUGCCACAUGGUCGGAAUACAAGCAACGUAACACCGUUAAAGCGCUUGUAGGAAUAACACCUGGUGGUGCUCUGUCGUUUGUGUCGCAGCUGUAUGGUGGACGGACGUCUGACAAGGAGUUGGUGAGGAGAUGCGAACUACUGAAGCUGCUGGACAAAGGCGAUGUGAUUAUGGCCGACAAAGGGUUUGACAUUGCAUCCGACGCACUUGUGUAUGGUGUUGGUGUCAAUAUCCCACCCUUUCUCCACCAUCAACAGUUCUCCGAAGAAGAUCUACUUACAACACGACGCAUUGCAUCACUGAGGAUUCAUGUGGAGCGAGCCAUUCAGCAGAUCAAGAAUUAUUCCAUCCUUCGCUUCCUGCCGAUCAGUAUGGCUGAUAUUGGAGAUGAAAUCUUUUCAUGCUGUGCCCUUCUCACUCUAUUUAAUCCACCAUUGAUGUAA